AUGGCGGACCUCGACUCCGGCCUUUUCGGCAUCGCCCUCUCGGACCCGGAGGACGACAGCGCGCCAGAGGCCGCAGAGCCCACAUCCUCCACCACCACGACCAGCGCCAGCAAAGCCGCCCGCGUGGCCCAGUCCGAGGACGAGUUCCUGGCCGUGAAGCAAGGGUACACGGUGAAGGUGGAGAACGGCGAGCUGUGGAGGGACAUCAGACUGCCGCUGGGCCAACACGUCACCAAGCAAGAGGCCCAGGCGCUGCUGCACGCGGUCGAGGAGCUGUACUUCCUCAAGCGGUACGCGGAGGGCGCGGCGUUUGUGAGCAGGGCACUGGGUGACGAGGGGCGAGCCGAGGCUGGGGGGUUGGACCGAGAUAUCCAGAAGUUGCUGAUGUACUACAAGGAAAAAUGUACAAAAGCUGCAGAGAGAGUAUAA